CAGGAGUUGGUCAGAGACUGUGGACAGGAUAGAGGAGAUGGUAAGAGACUACGGACAGGAUAGAGGAGAUGGUAAGAGACUGCGGACAGGAUAGAGGAGAUGGUAAGAGACUGCGGACAGGAUAGAGGAGAUGGUAAGAGACUGCGGACAGGAUAGAGGAGAUGGUAAGAGACUGAGGACAGGCGGCCGCUCAACUCUGCAGCGGGACCUUACCUGUUCCUCUAUCCAGCGGCGCGCUGUCUUCCCGGCUUCUGUAGUGUGGGCGCUGGGCAUGACAUCCGGGUGCCAAGUGCGCAUGCGCAAGAAGCGGUGCUUUUUGUGAAUGGUAAGGCGGUACCUGGGACACAUGACAGAUCCCAGAAGCCGCCGGACCA